CCGUGUCGCGCCACUCCUAAACCCCAUUUUCACUAUCAUUGCCAUCUGUGCUUCCACGUUGUCUACGUCUACACCUUUGGACGUAUGGUGUGCGUGCAUAUGCUGUGCGCGUUGUCCUUCCUUUCGCCAUUUCCAUUCGCUCAGUCUCUUAUCAUUCGCUCAUUAUUCAGUCCUCUUCACAUGCCCAUAGAAUCAUUAUCGUCAUGACGGUCACGCGAACUCAGGCGGGUAAAACCCCCAAAAAGACUUCACACCCUGGUUAUGUUGAAACCCCUGGAACCUAUCGAAAAUCACGCUCACGCAAGUCCUUGGCUGUAACAAGUGAACUUUCUGACACCCACGAUUCUUCCACCGGUAUCGAGGACGAAAUCCCCAUUGCUCGACGGAAAAAGUACAGCCAAGUAUAUAACGAAACCAACGGCACAGCGUCCAAGAUGAACGGACAUGCAAAUGGGCACCUUGAUACCUCCUCGAAUGGCCACAUCAAUGGCAAGCUAAACGGACAUCUGAACGGCACUAUCAGUCCCACCAUCAAGCAAGAACCUGAAGAAAACUCGUUGCAGUCUGCGGCAGUCGCUGCUCCUUCUGCCGCCCGCCCGCAGAUCAUUGAUGGAUGGGUAGUGGGCACGGAUCCAAAAGUUGACACUUCGGGCCACUUUGAAUUUGGAGGUGAUCUCGGUGUCAUCGCCAUGAUGAUCGGCUUCCCUCUGCUCAUGUACUAUAUGUGGAUUGGCGCCACCUACUAUAAUGGUCAGUUUCCCUUCCCCAGGGAACAAGAGUCGGUUUCAGAGUUCCUGAAGGGCUUGGGCAGGAUGGCAUACCACGGUGCAUGGCCAUCUGCCAAAGCCUGGGCCAUGUAUUGGACCUUUUUCAUCUUUGAAGCAGCCUGUUACUGCUUAUUGCCGGGCAUCUGGGCCAAAGGCAGACCUCUUGCCCAUGAAAAUGGCCUGAGGCUGGAUUACUACUGCUCAGGGUCGUGGUCCUGGUGGACUACCAUCAUCGUCGCCCUCGUGCUGCACUUCACCGGCGUCUUCAAGCUCUACCAGAUCAUUGACGAAUUUGGCCCUCUCAUGUCCGUUGCCAUUCUCUCCGGCUUCAUAGUCUCCAUCCUUGCAUACACUUCGGCCAUUUAUCGCGGCAAACAACAUCGAAUGUCUGGUCAUGUUCCCUACGAUUUCUUCAUGGGCGCCGAGCUCAACCCUCGCAUGCUCGGCAUCCUUGACUUCAAGAUGUUUUUCGAAGUCCGGCUCCCAUGGUACAUUCUCUUCCUCAUCACCAUGGGAACUGCUGCCCGACAGUAUGAGAACUAUGGCUAUGUCUCUGGGGAGGUUGGUCUUCUCCUCCUUGCCCACUUCCUCUACGCCAAUGCCUGUAGCAAGGGAGAAGAGUGUAUCAUUCCCACCUGGGACAUUUACUACGAGAAAUGGGGAUUCAUGCUCAUCUUCUGGAAUCUGGCUGGCGUUCCCUUGACUUAUUGUCAUUGUACCAUUUACUUGGCAAACCACGCUCCUAGCACUUAUUGUUGGAACAAGUAUGCUCUCGCCGUCCUCUACGUCGCCUAUAUCUUUGUCUACUGGGUGUGGGACACUACCAACAGUCAAAAGAACCGCUUCCGAGCCAAGGACUCUGGUGGUGUCAUUACUCGGAAAGCCUUUCCUCAACUUCCUUGGCAGACGGUGGAAAAUCCCAAGAUCAUUCGUAGCGAGGACGGCCAUACCAUUCUCGCUGAUGGCUGGUAUGGUUAUGCCCGCAAGAUUCACUACACGUGUGAUCUGUUCUUUGCAUUGUCUUGGGGUGCCGUGACAGGCCUCAGUUCACCAUUUCCGUGGUUCUAUCCCAUCUUCUUCUCCUGCAUGAUUGUUCAUCGGGCCAUUCGAGACAUUCAGCGGUGCCGCAAGAAGUAUGGCAAGGCCUGGGAGGAGUACGAGAAGCAGGUUCCCUAUUUAUUCAUUCCCUACGUUUUUUAAAAUUUUGUAAUAAUGCCUUGGAGAGAUCGUCUUCCACCUCGUUUUCUCCAACUUUCUAAUGAUAGAUGGAUAUUCCUACUGCAUUCUGCAGAUCUAAACUGCACCAAAAGUUGAACUGUUGUAACAAUACAGAGACAUUCAGCCUUCGAGUCAUCGAAUACGCCGUGACUGUGACUGUGACUUUGACU